UAAGCAGUCAGAGCCCACAGCGUCAGGCAUAACCGUGACUACAUCCAGUCAGCUGCUGCAGACAGAAAUCUGUCAGACAGAAUAGCCUUUUUUUAAUAAAGUCCGACAAUAGCUCUUUUAACAGGCGUUUGCUGUUUAACUGACAGCGUGUUUUACGCUCCUCCCCUAGAGGUGCUUAAAUGGCAGGCGCGCGUCUGUGAGCUCGCGGCCGUCGCCAGUACAGAGAGAGAUGCUGUAGAGCAGCUGAACUUUCAGCACACAUUUAUUUACUUUACCUUAAUUUAAUAUUCGUGCCUCAACCAUGAAGACCAUACUCGCUGCAUAUUCCGGUGUCAAAAAGGGCUCGGGCUCCAGCAUCCUCUCUGCCUUACACGACCUGCCCACCGUCCCGUGGCUGACCCGAUCCAAAAUGGUGAAGCAUCUGCAGGUCAUCUCCGUGCUGCAGUUUAUCAUGACAUUUCUUACCAUGGGCAUUGCCUGCUCUUUGCUGCUGAUGUACAUGUUUUGCACAGACUUCUGGGUCAUUUCUGUGCUUUACGUUGCCUGGCUUAUCUAUGACUGGAACACCCCUGUACAAGGAGGCCGCAGAUCGACCUGGGUGAGAGACUGGACUGUGUGGAAAUACAUGAGAGACUAUUUUCCCAUAAGACUUAUCAAGACGCAUAACCUGCUUCCCAGCCGAAACUACAUUUUUGGCUACCACCCUCAUGGUAUCUUAUGUUUUGGGGCUUUUUGUAACUUUGGCACAGAGGCCACAGGAUUCACCAAGGUUUUCCCAGGAAUCAAGCCAUCUCUGGCCACAUUGGCUGGGAACUUUCGCUUGCCAAUGUUCAGGGAAUAUCUGAUGUGCGGAGGAAUCUGCCCAGUAAACCAAAACUCCAUUGACUACCUCCUCUCAAGAAAUGGUACAGGCAACGCUGUGGUCAUCGUGAUCGGAGGAGCUGCAGAAUCUCUGGACUGUGCGCCAGGAAGAAACUCUGUCAUGCUGAAAAAACGCAAAGGCUUUGUGAAACUGGCUCUGAAGCAAGGUGCUGAUCUGGUGCCCGUUUACUCCUUUGGGGAGAAUGAGGUUUACAAACAGUUGAUUUUUGAAGAAGGGUCUUGGUGGCGUACAAUUCAGAGGAAGCUUCAGAAGAUUUUGGGCUUUGCCCCUUGUUUGUUUCACGGCUGUGGACUGUUUUUCCCAGAGUCCUGGGGUCUGGUGCCUUACUGCAAACCCAUCACUACUGUUGUUGGUGAACCUAUCACUGUGCCAAAGAUAGAGGAGCCGACUCAGGAUGUCAUAGACAUGUACCACGCCAUGUACAUCAGGUCCCUCAAAUCUCUCUUUGACAAUUACAAGACCCGCUUUGGUCUGAAUGAGAGCGAUACUCUUAUCAUUCAAUGAGGAAUGAUGUUAACUGUCCAAAGAACACCCUGGAAUAUCAUUCAGCCAACUCAAAUGCCCAUUCAAAGAAGGUGCUGUUUCUCUUCAUUCAAUACUGUAACUCUACUGAAAUUUGCUGCAGUGAUUUCAGUCUACGUCACUUCUGCUACUUCUGCUAAUUAUUGCACAGACUGAUGCCAAAUAUCCACCUUUUUCUUACGCCCCAUGAUGCUUUGCAUGAAUUAUCGGAGGAACUUCUGCUAAACUGUAAAUAAUCAGCUAUUUUUUUAAGUAUUUUUUAUUUAAACUUUGUACAAUGAGGUGUCCUCACAUUACACCCAUUAAAUAUUAAAUAGUAACAUUAUCAAACUACUUUCAGCAGACCAUGAAUGACCCCAAAAACUCCAAAAACUUUCCACAGAAAUAUUAUAACUGGAUAUUACAGAACUGAAUAUUACUGUACUGUAGAGAAUACAAAGAGAAAAUAACCUUGAGGAACAAAACACAGUGAAUCACAAGAGCUUUGGCCACAGAUAUGCUUGUGAUGCUAAUGUUACUUUAAAAUACCAAGCCUAACAUUAUUUUCAUGAAGCAUAAAAAUAAAGCACAGAUCUAAUCUCACUCACUUUCACUAUUAAUGUGGAUUUUUUUGUAGCACAAUUUUAAUAAUCAAAAUUCUUAUUAUCAUUUGAAAGGAAGUUCCCAGAACCGGGAAGUGCAACCCAUAAUCUGAAAUGCAAUAUUAGUGUAUGGAAAAAGGUGGACAGUCUAGAUUUCACAGCUGGUGGAUAAUGUAUAUUCUUUAAUAUUAGGGGUGUGUGAAAUUUAUCAUUGACGAAAAUAUCUUUGUUGUUAUUUUCCAGUUAGAACGACCCCAUAAUGAAGUUAAAGAAAGCAGAUAUAUUCCUGUUUGGAUUUUAAUUUAUAUAUGAUACAGUAAUGUGACAUCGCAUAAGCAAGAGUGCCAUUAUUACAAAUAUCAGCAGACAGACGUGAUCUUACACAGCAGUCCAACAAAUAAGAUGUUAAUUUUGACUUUUUAUUCUUUCCGCAAAGUCAGAGCAACGCCAUUUUGUUUUUAAAUGAAUCUGUUAGUGAACAAACUGAGUGAGUCAAUCAUUCAUUGAUUGUCCAAAGUUGCAUACUACUCGAGGAGGUUCUACAUUUGUAUUUUAAGUUACUUUAUAACCGUUUUAAAAAUAUAUACCUAUAUCUACCCCACCCCAAAAAAAGCACCAUAUAGAAACUAUGUGGUUGACUUUUUAUUACUCCCAUUGGAACACAUGUAAUUGUGUCAAACAAACAAUUCAGACAGCAUACAAACAAACUGAAAUGUUACUAAUGUUUCUCUACAUCUGGACCUUUCUUGCCUUUUUUGCUGCAAAGUCAUCAAUUAUAUCGCCACCUCUACCCCAAACAGAUAUUUUAACUAUUUAAUAAAAAUAAAUAUAAAUAGAUACUUUUAGAAAUAUAUUUAUUACAAAUUAAAACAAUUAUUAUUAUUAGUAUACAAUUAUUAUUCUAAAUAAAUAACAGAAAUUAUUACUAAAUGUAAUUGGAAAACAAUGUACAGACACAACUGAAGUGAUAUGCUAAGAUUAGAUCACUUAAGAAAUCUUUAGCAUGGAUAUUUGCACAUACAAAGUAUGUGAUUUUAAACGGACCAUUGCUUUGAGUCUUUAUGAAUCAGCUGUUUUGAAUGAAUCAUUUGAAUCAGUGCUUUAGUGAAUCACUCAUUAGGAGCUUGAGUUUUUAUUGAGUUUUUUUUAUAUCGCUUAUACUUUAAGUCCAGAUGUAAAACAUUCUAAUAUUUAUCAAUAUCACAUGACCCAUGUCAGUUGCGUCAUUCACUCCCAUUCAUAAAUCCUUUCCUGUGAACUCAUGAAAUAGUAAAGUGUCCAUUGGAUGCACACACCAAAUUCUUGCUGGAAUCAGCUGUUUUGAACGAAUCAUUUGAAUGAGUGAUUUAGUAAAUCACUCAUUUAGAUAGAAAAUGUCGCCACCUACUGGCAAUUUGUUAUAUUUAUUGAUUCAGAAAAUGCCUAAACCUGCCAAAGUACAAGCACAAAAACGAACUCUGAUAAAUAUUGUUCAAGUAUCAUUAUUGACAAAAAUUCCCCCAAAAUAUUUAACAUUUUUAUUGUUUUUUUUAAUGAGUCUGUAUGAAUUAGCUGUUUUGAAUGAAUCAUUUGAAUCAGCGAUUUAGUGAAUCACUUGUUAGGAGCUUGCCGCCACCUACUGGUGGGUUUAUUGUGAUAUUUAUUUAUCCUAAACCAGCCAAAGUACCCGCACCAUAAACAUUCUCUGCUGAAUAUUGUUCAAUAAUCAUUAUUGAAAACAAUUCCCUCCAAAAAUAUUGAGUUAUUUGUCAGUAUUGCAUAUAGUAUGAAUGUGUGUAGUACGAAUAGAAUUCAGAUCUAGAACAUUCCAACAUUUAUGACAUGACCUGUCCACGUCAGUUGCGUCGUUCACUCUUCUUUAUAAAUCCUCUCCUGUGGCAUCAUGAAAUAGUAAAGUGUCAAUUUAGAUUUGCACUUCAGAAUCUUCGAAUACUAUGAAAUGCGACAUACUUUACCCAAAUACUAUAUAGUAGGGAAGUAUGUGAUUUUUGGAUGCACCGUUGUUUUGAGUCUUUAUGAAACAGCUGUUUUGAAUGAAUCAUUUGAAUCAGUGAGUUAGUGAAUCACUCGUUAGGAGUUUGUCGCCACCUACUGGUGGUUUUAUUGUGAUAUUUCUUUAUCCACAAAGGGCCUAAACAGCCAAAGUGCCAGCACAAAAACACACUCUGCUAAAUAUUGUUUAUCAUUAUUAAUAACAAUUCCCUCCAAAAAUACAGAGUUUUUUUUGUAUCGCAUAUAGUAAGAAUUUAGACGUAGAACAUUCAAACAUUUAUCAAUAUCACAUGACCUACUUGGGUCAGUUGCGUCAUUCACUCCCAUUCAUAAAUCUUCUCCUGUGGUGUCAUGAAAUAGUAAAGAGUCAGUUAGGUGCUCACCUCAGAAUCUUCAAAUACUAUGAAUUGCGACAUACUUAGUAGGGAAGUAGGGACAUAUGUAGUAGGGAAGUAUGUUAUUUUGCAUGCACCGUUGCUUUGAGUCUUUAUGAAACAGUUCUUUUGAACGAAUCAUUUGAAUCGGUGAUUUAGUAAAUCACUCAUUAAAAUAAGAACUUGUCGCCACCUAUUGGCAGUUUUAUUGUGAUAUUUAUAAAUCCAGAACAUGCCUUAACCAGCCAAAGUACCAGCACAAAAACAUUGCUAAAUAUUGUUCUAUAAACAAUUCCCUCCAAAAAUAUUGAGGUUGUUUUAAUAUCGCAUAUAGUAAGAAUAUAGACAUAGAUGCAGCUGUUUGUAAUGAAUCAUUUGAAUCAGUGAUUUAGUAAAUCCCUCAUUAAGAUAGGAUCUUGUCGCCACCUACUGGCAGUUUUAUUGUGAUAUUUAUUGACCCACAAGAUGCCUAAACCAGACAAAGUACAAGCACAAAAACACUCUGCUAAAUAUUAUUCAAUUGUAAUUAUUAGAUAGAUAUUUUAUUGUCAAUAUCGCACACCCCUACUUGAUAUGUAUUUACAAUUAAUGUAUUUAGGGUUUAAAUGAAAUGUAGAUAAAAGAAAUUUUUUGUUUGCCCCAUUAUAUAUUUUAAAAUGCACAAGCAAUGCAAUUAUUGUGUUUUGCUUCACUGAAAAGUGGAACCAAAGAGUGACUUUUGGCCUUCUAAAAACAAAGCGUGAUUCAGUUGUUGUAAAAAGCCAAAGUGAUUUUGACUGGGUGUUUAGUUUUUAAGAAAAUGAAUUUGAUCAUAACUUGAAGGUAAAACAGAAGGUGAAAAUGAAGAAUAUUUGUGUGAUGGUAUUAUCAGAAUGUUAAUAAAUGCUGGUCAUUUUUUUCGGUAAGUGAAUCGAUAAUUUACCACAGAAGUAUUAAUUUUGUGUCUGUAAGUUGCACAUGCAGGCUUUGUUCAGCUACUGUCAAGUAAUAUUUCAUUUUUUUCACAGUAUUUCCUUACAUGACAUUCGGUUCGGCCUUAUUUUUAAAUAGAAUGCCAAAUCAAACAAGCCUUUUUGGGUUAAAUAACAAAUAACCUGAAUUCAAGUGCCAAAAUGUAUAUAUGCGAUCUUAUGUUUAACCUGAGAGAAUCAAUUGUUGAUAUGUUGAAUAUGUAUUUAAGAGGAUUCAGGAGAUCUGCAGCUCUUUAUUGGUGGAUCAUAAGCAAUUACAUGCUGACAUUUACUGUGGAUUAUGACUUAUUGCCUUUAAUGUUGUGUGAAUAUGCAAUAAAUGCCGCAGUGUGUGUCUCUGAUAUCAGCCUUCUUUCAAAUCCUGAUUCUUUAAAUGAAACUUUUAUAUAUUUUCUGAAUAAAUGUUUAUGGAAAAGUA